AUGUGGAAGAGAAAGCUGCAGAUCAGCAGGAGUAAAGGCUCACGCAGGAACAGCUCAGCUCUGGCUGAAAAAACAGAAGUACUGAGUGACGAUCUAUUACAGGUGGAGAAACGUCUGGAGCUCGUUAAGCAGGUGUCCCACAGCACACACAAGAAGCUGACCGCCUGUCUGCAGGGCCAGCAGGGCGUAGACGUGGACAAGAAGUCUGUCAGGUCUCCCUCGAAGAAGCUUCCUCUUACAACACUAGCACAAUGUAUGGUGGAGGGAGCGGCGGUGCUCGGAGACGAGUCACUACUAGGGAAGAUGCUGAAGCUCUGCGGAGAGACGCAGGAGAAGCUGGCUCAGGAGCUCAUCCUGUUCGAAGUCACCAUCGAGAGAGACGUCGUCGAGCCUCUCUACGAUCUCGCAGAGGUGGAAAUCCCAAAUAUCCAGAAACAAAGGAAACAUUUAGCAAAGCUGGUCCUGGACAUGGACUCUGCACGCACGCGGUUUUAUCAGUCGGGGAAGUCUUCAGGCUUGUCCAGUAACCUGCAGCCGACAGGAGGGAAGGCCGACCACCUCAGGGAAGAGAUGGAGGAGGCAGCCAACCGCAUGGAGAUCUGUCGAGAUCAAUUAUCAGCAGACAUGUACAGUUUUGUGGCCAAAGAAAUCGACUAUGCAAGCUACUUCCAGACACUGAUAGAAGUGCAAGCAGAGUAUCACAGGAAGUCGUUAGAGCUCCUUCAGAGUAUUCUGCCCCAGAUCAAAGCUCAUCAGGAGUCCUGGGUGGAGAAACCAUGCUACGGGAAACCAUUAGAGGAGCACUUAGCGCUCAGCGGGAGGGAUAUUGCCUUUCCCAUCGAGGCCUGUGUCACCAUGCUGCUGGAGUGUGGCAUGCAGGAGGAGGGUUUGUUCAGAAUCGCUCCGUCGGCCUCCAAACUGAAGAAGCUCAAAGCGUCUCUGGACUGCGGCGUGCUCGACGUCCAGGAGUACUCAGCGGACCCGCACGCCAUCGCAGGAGCUUUAAAGUCGUACCUGCGUGAACUCCCCGAACCCUUAAUGACCUUUGAACUCUACAACGACUGGAUCCAGGCCUCCAACAUCCAAGACCAAGACAAGAGGCUUCAAGCUCUGCUCAACGCCUGCGAGAAGCUUCCUCCCGCCAACAACAACAACUUCAAGUAUUUGAUCAAAUUUCUCUCCAAACUGACUGAAUACCAGGACGUAAACAAGAUGACGCCUGGAAACAUCGCCAUCGUCCUCGGACCUAAUCUGCUGUGGACGCACAACGAAGGCAACAUCACCGAGAUGAUGACGACCGUUUCCCUGCAGAUCGUCGGCAUCAUCGAGCCCAUCAUCCAACACGCUGACUGGUUCUUCCCUGGAGAAAUCGAGUUCAACGUCACAGGAAACUACGGCAGCCCCGUCCACACCAACCACAACGCUAACUACAGCUCGAUGCCGUCUCCUGACAUGGAGCAGAUGGAUCGAAGGCAGAACGACCAGAGCCGACGGCCGCUCAGCGUCGCCACCGACAACAUGAUGCUCGAGUUCUAUAAGAAGGACGGAAGCAUUAGGAAGAUACAAAGCAUGGGUGUCAGGGUGAUGGACACUUCAUGGGUGUCACGCAGGGGCUCGUCUUCCACGCGUAAAAGCUCGUCCACGCCUCCGAGCGUGCAUCCCCCCGCCCCGCCCAAUGACGCGCUCAUCCCCGAGCAGCCGGGGGAAAUCUCUGCCUCCCCCUCCCCCACCCUUCCUCCCACUAGCAGCGACCGAGCCAGCUCGGAUGAUGCAUCCUCCAAUUGGUCGGACUCCUGUUAUGCCUACCCCUCCCCCGAGGAGGAGAGGCCGCCUCCCCCUUACCCCUCUUCCUCAUCUUCCUCCUCCUCUUCCUCUUGCUCGUCCUUCUCGCUCCCUCACCACCAUUUCUACACCCGAGCACCUCCGGGUAUGCGUCCCGUCGCUCCCAGCCCCGAAUCCGUGCCUCCCGGUCAGUCCCCCCCCCCUCCGCCCUCCGGCUACAGCCCGGUCCCCUCCCCCCACUCCCUCUGCCCCUCUCCUCAGCCGCUUGAUGUCAACUCCAACCCCAAACCCAACUCCCUGCACCUGCCCAAACAGGCCUCCCUGUCCGACGCUCCGCAUGCGCCCCCGUCCGAAACGAAUGGCUCCUCCCUUUACAUCAAACCCCCGCUCGUUCUUACUCGCCACGAUCUGUUCCUGGGCUCCCCCAAACCCCCCAACACCCCCCUCUCUGCUCCCCCUCCAUGGGCCGCCUGUGCCUGUAACCGAGAGAGAGGAGCCAAGCCGACUAGUACUCUGAAGAACAAGGAGCUGUCUCCGGUCAUCGGCCAGAAGGGACUGCAGGGGACGAUGAGCUCUUGUGGACAGUCGCAGCUUUCGGAGCACAGUCCUCACACCCUGAGGAGAGCUAAGAAGCUCGCUCCGAUCCCUCCUAAAGGUCCGUACUGCCAGACAGGAGCCAUGUCCGACCAGUCCACAGGUCAGCCAUCUCCCGUCAGCCUGUCUCCGACUCCCCCCAGCACCCCCUCCCCCUACGGCUUCAGCUACCCUCAGGGGUACGCCACCAUCGGCUCCCCGGGGCAGAUCCAGAUGGCAACGACGCCGUCUCUGUCGUCCCCUCCCUCGCUGGCCGGGACGCUCACCAAGGCGAGGCCGACGCCUAAGCCGCCGCGGCAGAGACCCAGCUUGCCCCCUCCGCAGCCCCCCUCCACCCCCGGCAGCAGCCCCCAACCUCUGGACCAUUCGGCGGGUCUACUGGAUGGUUUAUCUCCCGGGGAAAGCAUGUCCACAGACUCCCUCUGUAACCUGGACAUCCCCUUCAUUAACAUGGAACUGGAUGGUAUUUUUGACUUGCCCCACAUCGCCCCCUUCAGGAACUCAGUGGCGCUGCACGAGUCGACCACCAUCAGAGCCGAUUCAGAGGAAGAGUCCGAGAGCACAGUGCUAUGA